AUGCCCAAGAGUCCAAUCCGCCAAAAAUCUGGUCAUUUGCGUCCUGGCCGCUCUGUGGGCCCUCCACGUACCAUCAACUACACGCUGGAACUACGUGGAGCAAGUAUUCCUGCGCCGCAUCCCGAGACCACCAGCAGACCACGACUGGGGGCGCAGCUUGCGCCAGUACCUUUCAAGCGUUGGGGCAGUGCCCCUCGAGGUGCUAGAUGGACUCUGGCGUCAUAUGCCGUGCCAAAAUCUCCGGAGUUGACAUAG